AUAUGGCGGAACCCUCGGCUACCGCUGCCACCGCCGAGAUACCACAAGAGGCUGCUGCCGGCCCCGCGCCCUCGGGCACGGAGAGCACCCUCUCCCGUAACCAGCAGAAGAAAGCGAAAAAGGCCGCGAAAAAGGCUGCUGAGGAGCCAACCACUCACGGCAACGGAGUACUGGAUUCUAAGGACACGGCGUUGCUUGAUCAUGUGCCUGAGAAGGAGAAGGUCGACCCGGCGCUCGUGGCUGGGAAAGGCGAACUGGGAGAGGCGAUCGACCGGGAUGGAGCUGCUACGCAGCCUGAGGGCCCGAAGUUUGCCACUGUGGAGUUUGUGAACAAGAGGAUCCGCACGCUGAGGAAGAAGAUCGACCGCGUGUUGACUUAUGCGCACAAGCCGCGUAAAGAGCUCAACGAGGACCAGAAGAACGCUGUGGACUCGUUGCCCGGUCUGCAAGGAGCAAUGAAGGAACUUGAGGAAGUCCGCAAGGGGCUCGAGCUCAUCGAGAUCGACCAAACCGUCACGCGUGACAUCAAGAACCAGUUGGAUACCGCCGCCUCCGCUGCCGCGGUCUCCUCCGCUGUGGAGGCGGCCCAAGCCGCACAAGCCGAGUCUUUCAAGCUCGUACUCCUCUUCCAGCGCUUCUAUCAGGAAGUCAUGCAGGGCGUUGUUUCCCUACCUGGGCUGGGCGUAGGCGAGCAGGAGCUGGCGGCUAUUCAGGCUGCGCAGGGCCGGCUCAUGAGCGAAGAGGGCGAGGAUGUUAUGAGGGGAUUGAUGGGCGGUGAAGGGGAGGUCGAAGGCGUCGAAUACCUCCGCCUGCGCGACAUCAUCUCCUCGUACGUCAACCCCGCUCCUCCCACCGAAGAUCCCCAAGCCGCCUACGAAGCCGCCGUCGCGCACUCCAUCGUCGAGCAGGCUAUCGCAGACGCCAUCGCGGACGAAGCGAUUGAGGAAGCCCUGGCCUCUGCUGAGGACCAGCAGGCCCUCUACGCUCCCGUCCCCGCGCCGCAAGGGUUCAUGUUCAUGAACCCUGACGAGCUUGAGCCUGCCGUCAACGGGGUGUACCAGCAGGGCCCGUCCGCUGCUGACACUGAGGCGCUUUACGAAGCCGUUGCUCAGGCAGUCGAGGCUGAGGCAGAAGAAGAGGCGCGCGAGGCGAUGGAGGAACAGGCUGUGGAGGAAGCUAUCGAGCAGGCUGUUGAGCAGGCCGUGGAGGCAGCCAUCGUCCAGGAGGCUAUCCAGGAAGCUAUGGAGGCUGUGGCUGUUCCCACCAGCGCCGGCCCCAUCGACUGGGCCACACACGGGGACGACGGCGACCUCCCCGACCUCGGGGAGCUGCACGCCGCCCUCGGCUCCACUGGCGCCCAUACGCCCGAGACCGGCGUGCCAGUCAUAACGAUCGAAGUUCCAGCCUUCGCCGAUGCCACCCCGAUCGAGGCGGAGGCUUCUCUCGGCCCUGCCCCUGGCGGGAGGGGAGGACGCGCUUGGGGCCCUCGUGGUCGCGGAGGCGCCGAGGGAGAACGCGGUUUCCGUGGCCGUGGGAACGGUCGAGGUGGACGUGGAGGUCAUCGCGGUGGCCGUGGUGGGAUGAACGGCACUUCCCCCGGCCCUUACACGCCUACCAGCGCCGGACUGCCCAAAGAAAACAGCCAUGCUGCCCCCGUGGUGGACGAAGAGGGCUGGUCUACAGUGCCUAUCAAGCGUGCUCCGUGGGGUGGACCUGGCAGCGCUGGUGGGCCCAGGGGCCAGAGAGGUGGUGAAGGCAGGGGCAGGGGCGAGGGUAGGGGCAGAGGCGGGGAGUGGAGGGGCCGUAGUGAGGGAUCUAGGGGCCGGGGUGGACCGCCUGGUGAGAGGAACGGCGAGUACCGUGGUAAGGGUAGGGGUGGCAACCGUGGCCGUGGUGGCCCGAACGGCACCGGUGCGUCUGGCGAGGCUUCUGCCAUGUCGUCAUAACAUGCUCGAAAACUGCACCGUCCGAUAGGAUACGCACUCUACUGCCUUUCCACACUAUGCUAUGCCCGCAACUAUGCACGAUGUGAACGCUGUUGUUGUCCUUUCCAUCUGUAGCAUUUGUCAUUUGCCUAUUAGUAGUACAUCGAAAAAUUUC